GGGAUUUCAUCCGACAUGGAUGCGCUAUACGGCAGGAAUAAGGAAGAGCACCCAGAGCCCAUAAAAGCUGAGGUGCGGGGGCAGUUGCCCACUUGGUUGCAAGGGAUACUGCUGCGGAAUGGCCCAGGCAUGCACACGAUAGGGGACAGCAAGUACAACCACUGGUUUGAUGGCCUGGCUCUGCUGCACAGCUUUACUUUUAAAAAUGGUGAAGUUUACUACAGAAGUAAAUAUCUCCGAAGUGACACGUACAACUGCAACAUAGAAGCAAACAGAAUUGUGGUGUCUGAGUUUGGGACUAUGGCUUAUCCAGAUCCAUGCAAAAACAUAUUUGCCAAGGCAUUCUCCUAUUUGUCUCACACCAUUCCUGAGUUCACGGACAACUGUCUGAUCAACAUUAUGAAAGCUGGGGAUGAGUUUUAUGCUACUGGUGAGACUAACUUCAUCAGGAAAAUUAAUCCACAGACUCUGGAGACAUUGGAGAAGGUUGACUACAACAAAUAUGUAGCUGUAAAUUUGGCAACUUCUCAUCCACACUAUGACAGCACUGGAAAUGUUCUCAACAUGGGCACUUCAAUAGUUGAUAAAGGGAAGACAAAAUACCUUCUAUUUAGGAUUCCUUCCUCUGUACCAGAACAAGAAAAGAAGAAGUCUUGUUUCAAGCACCUGGAAGUGGUUUGCUCCAUCCCUUCCCGCUCUCUGCUCCACCCCAGCUACUACCACAGCUUUGGAAUCACAGAGAAUUACAUUAUCUUCAUAGAGCAGCCCUUCAGACUGGAUAUUGUCAAAAUGGCAACUGCUUACAUCCGUGGUGUGAGCUGGGCUUCCUGCCUUGCCUAUAAUAAGGAUGAUAAGACUUGGUUUCACUUUAUAGACAGGAAGACUAAAAAAGAAGUGUCCACCAAGUUUUACACGGAUGCUAUGGUGUAUUUUCACCAUAUAAAUGCUUAUGAAGAGGAUGGCCACAUUGUUUUUGAUAUUAUUGCCUAUACAGACAAUAGCUUAUAUGACAUGUUUUAUUUAAAAAACCUGGGCAAAGACUUUGAAGACAACGUCAAACUUACCUCCAUACCAGCCUGCAAAAGAUUUGUGGUUCCUCUGCAGUGUGACAAGGAUGCUGUAGUGGAUUCUAAUUUAGUCACACUUCCCUCUACUGCAACUGCUGUAAAGGAGAAAGAUGGAAACAUCUAUUGCCAACCUGAAAUAUUAUGUGAAGGGAUAGAGCUGCCUCGCAUCAACUAUGGCUAUAAUGGCAAAAAAUACAAAUAUGUCUUUGCAACAGAAGUCCAGUGGAGUCCAGUUCCUACAAAGAUUGCAAAAUUUAACACCCAGACAAAGGAAAUGCUCCACUGGGGACAGGACGAUUGCUGGCCAUCUGAGCCUAUUUUUGUUCCCAGCCCUGAUGCAAAAGAAGAGGAUGAUGGUGUUGUUCUGACCUGUGUUGUGAAGAGUGAUCCAAAGGAUCCACCCUUCCUACUUGUCUUGGAUGCUAAAACAUUCACAGAGCUGGGUCGAGCCAUAGUGAAUGUGGAAAUGCAUAUGGACCUGCAUGGAAUGUUUAUACCACAGCAAGAUGUGAAACCUAGGACUGAGUAA